AUGGAGGAGGUGGAUGAGAUGGCUGUUCGGCUGGCAGCUUCUCUUGGACUGGCCGACGUUCGCAGGCCGGUGGAUCUUCGUCCGGCUCGUGGAGAGGGUUUGCGUCGUUCUCAAACGUAUCUGGUGGGGAAGUUGUUGACGGCUAGGGCUUUCAAUAAGAGAUCGUUCAUGGGCAUGUUCCGGCGUGCAUGGAGGCUGAAUGGACGGUACACUGCUCAGGAACAUGGAUACCGCUUUCUGUUCACCUUGACGGAUCCAACAGACCGAAACCGGAUCCUUAGAGGUGGUCCUUGGGGCUUUGAUAGAGCUCCGGUCGUUCUAGCACCGUAUGAUGGGGUGGAGGCGAUCAAGGAUGUUCCGCUCUCUACUUUAGCCUUCUGGAUCAAGGUACGUGGCCUGCCACCAGAUUUUCAUACUGAUCGUUGCUUGAGAAGGAUUGGUAGCGCUUUGGGGCGGUAUGUGCAGAAGGACACAACAGAAUUUGAAGAAGGAAGGAUUCGGAUCCGAGUUGAGGUUGACCUUCUGCAGCCUGUGAUUUUCCGACGGAGUUUCACGGUGGAUGAUGGGGUUGAUGUGGAUCUGGACUUUUCUUUGAAAACCUCUAUGGCAGAUGUCAAGAGUGUGGUUUGA